AUGUGUGGCAUAUUUACUUCCAUUUCUAAAACUGAAGCUCCAAGCCCAAACCCUGAACUACUACAACGCCUCGCCAACAGGGGGCCGGACCUCUCCAAUACCUUAACCAUAGAUGGUGAUAUCGUCUCGCUGCUAUUUACAUCUACCGUGCUUUCUCUGCGUGGCGGCCACGUAACUGCGCAGCCACUUUCAACCACAAAAACCGGCUCGGUCUUGUGCUGGAAUGGAGAGGCCUGGAAAAUUGGCCACGAUGCGGUAGAGGGUAAUGAUGGGGAGGCAAUUAUUGGCCUCCUUGAUGCCAGUAUUACCUCAAGGUCUACGGCUGAUGAGUCUAUCAAUGGCGUCCUCGAUGUCCUGAGGACCAUAUCUGGUCCCUUUGCAUUCGUUUAUUAUGACAAAAUCCAUCGUCUUGUUUAUUUCGGGCGGGACUGCCUUGGGAGACGAUCGCUGUUGUACAAUUCCGAAGAUAUCUCGGAUGCUAUCCAGUUUUCUAGUAUUGCGGACCCAACGAGCAGUUCUUGGAAAGAAGUUGAGGCAGAUGGGAUCUAUGUGGCCGCGCUUGAUAGAGCAUCUAUAACCCCAGGUUUAGCUUUACUAGAGGAAUCAUCCGUGGGAAACAAACACUUUCCUUGCUACAGAUGCCCAUGGCCAAGUGACAACCAGGGUGCUACUCCUUCGCUUUCUCUCGGUGUUCUUAACCAAGUAGUCCCCACGACGCUGUGGUCUCUAAAUAUGUUAUCCGAAUCUGUCAGGCAACUUGAGCAGCAUAUGAUACAAUCAUUGCGGCUACGCUUGCUGAAUAUUCCUGAUCCUCCGCGUUCUGAGGGUCCAGCCAAGGUCAAGCUGGCCAUACUAUUCUCUGGCGGUCUGGACUGUGCAGUCCUUGCACGCAUGGCGCAUGAUAUACUGCAAUUGGAAGAGCAGAUAGAUCUCCUUAAUGUGGCCUUCGAGAACCCACGGGUUGUUUUGGCAUCAAAGCAACCUCCAAAAGUGAAGCUACAGCGAAAAGCUCGGCAAGGACGAGACAAGCUAGAUAUUCAUGGCGAGGCUGUAGCCAAAGAAGAUCCAUUAGGCGAUACCCUACCCGUUGUCUGUCCGCCUGUUGGGGUGGACAGCCCAUUUGAAGCGUGUCCAGAUAGAAUGACUGGGAGAAGUGCGCUCAAGGAGCUGAGACAAGUCUGUCCGGGGCGGAAAUGGAACUUCGUAGAGGCUAAUAUACCAUACGAAGAAUUCUUAGCUCAUAGAAGUAAAGUCGUAUCUCUUAUAUACCCACACAACACAGAAAUGGACCUAUCUAUAGCAGGUGCAUUGUAUUUUGCAUCUCGAGGAUCUGGGAAAGCAUCCAUUGACGACAGUAUUCCUGCAACCGACUAUACAACAGAAGCUCGAGUUCUUUUGUCGGGUUUGGGCGCAGACGAGCUCUUUGGAGGUUAUACCCGACAUGCCACAGCAUUUUCUAGGCGCGGAUUCGAAGGGUUAAUUGAAGAGCUGGACCUAGAUGUGGGUAGACUGGGAAAGCGAAACCUAGGGAGAGAUGAUCGGGCCAUCUCAAACUGGGGUCGAGAAGCCCGCUUUCCGUAUCUUGACGAGGAUCUCGUGAGAUGGUCACUGGCGUGUCCUGUGUGGGAUAAAUGUGGGUUUGGUGGCUCAAAUGAGGCAUUGGACACCGGUGGACCGGCAUUGGAGCCAGGGAAGAAAGUACUUCGUCUCCUCGCAUGGAAGUUGGGAAUGCACUCUGUGUCCCAGGAGAAGAAACGCGCGAUCCAAUUCGGAGCACGAACUGCGAAGAUGGAGACGGGACGCAGUAAAGGAACGACUUUACUCUCAUGA